AUGGGAAUCGUCUACAAGAAAUACCUCCACGGAGAAAAGAUCCUGGGCUGCAACGCCUGCAAGACUCACUUUGCCACACACGAUCACAUCAUCUCUAGGCAAUUCCAUGGCCAGUUCGGAAGAGCCUAUCUCUUCUCAAACGUGAUCAAUGUCUACACGGGAGAAGCAGAGGACAGGAAUAUGAGGACAGGUCUGCACACAGUCCAGGACAUCCAUUGCGCCGAAUGUGCCACUGUUGUCGGCUGGAAAUAUCUUGUGGCCUAUGAGCAAACGGAACAAUACAAGGAAGGGCGCUUCAUCCUGGAAAGAACGCUCCUUCACUACGUCUCGAGCGCAUAA